AGUCCACCGACAGUUAACGCUAUUACCGCUGGACGGACGCCAUAGCUGGUAGUAGGGUUUACAGGUGCAGCAGGCAGGCAGGCAGGCAUCAUGUCGGGCAUAGCUGUUGGCCUGAACAAGGGCUAUGUCGUCACGAAGAGAGAGAAGGUUGCGAGGCCGAGCGACCGUAAGGGUAGGCUCGGCAAGCGGACGAAGUUCGUCCGCGCGCUUAUCCGGGAGGUGGCUGGAUUCGCUCCCUACGAGAAGAGGAUCACUGAGUUGCUGAAGGUUGGGAAAGACAAGAGAGCACUGAAGGUGGCUAAGAGGAAGCUGGGGACUCAUCUGCGCGCCAAGCGAAAGCGUGAGGAGAUGGCUUCUGUCCUGCGCAAGAUGAGGGCCGGACAUGGACAUGGACACGGGCACGAUACGCACAAGAAGAAGUGAGAGCCGAUAAGUGCAAGUCGCAGUGAUGGAGAUUGCUGGAUGGUAGAAGUUUCACUCCUUGAGGGGGGGGGAGAGAGGAAGAAAUGGAGUUCGUCGUUGGUCUCGUCCGCCCGCGAGCGAAAGAAGUCAUAUGACUCUUUCCGUCGUACGUAGAUUAGCAAAAGCUGCAACGGGCGAGAUGAGUGUGCAUUGCAAUUUGUGGCUAAGUGUUUUUUAGGCGGCGGGACUUGCAUGCAGUCACGGCGUGAUCUUCGAUGCAUCUGACUGUAAUCACGUCCAGAGCUCAGUUGAAUGUGGGGAAUAUCCACUGAGAAGGGGUGAAUGUGGUGGCAUGAUGAAUGUAGUCACUUUUUGCGGCUUUGGUUAAGAAGGUGCUAGGUGAUCGGAUGGUAUCGGGACAGGAUGGGAUGAUAGCAGGACAGGGUCGAUGGGAUCGAGUCAGGCAAGAUCUGAUUGGGAGAGGAGGUGGUCGCAUGUCAUAGCAGGGAGCAGGGAUCGCGGCUGGGGGGGGGGCGGCGAAACGAGAGGCAUCAGACUGCUUUGCUUCUUGCUCGUGUGUGUUUGGAGGCUCUUCGUAGCAAACCAAGGUUCAUUUUUGCUUCCUGGAGUUCGUCUUUAUAAGCGUUUUGCUUCUUCUUCGUUGUUGUCCUGUUCUUUGGCAGUCUGCCUUUUGCGUAAACGAAACCGGAAUCAUGUUGUUGCCCAUAUUCUUUGAGGGAAUGACCGACAAAUUGUGUGAAUGAUCGACAGAUUUUGUGAGUGAUCGACAAAUUUUGUGAAUGAUCGACAAAUUUUUGCCGUAGUAUUUGCUUCCUUCUCGUCUUUCUUUGAACCUUCUGGUUAAUAACUAGACAACAAGUGCGCAAGGCGGUGAAGAAAGGAUGAAGAAAGGAUGAGGAAAGGAUGAAGAAGGGAGGAGCAAGCGUGAGAGAGGACGUGGGGAGACGAGAGAAGAGGAGGGAGGACGACCAGGACGAGAACAAGUUGAAAAAAGAAUGCCGUGUCGGUGUGCCACGUGGCAUGCACUAGGAGAAAGGAGGAGGAGCGAGGGAGGACGACGAAGCAGGAGAACGUACGAGGAAGGAGGGAGGAAAAAGCUGGAGAAGAGGGUUACGAGGGAGGAGGAAGCAGGAGGGAGGAGGGGGGGAGGAGGAGCGGGGAGGAACAAGGUGAACGAAAACAUUGCGUGCCGGUGUGUGGCGGGUGGUACUCGACGAGAGGGAGAAGGAAGGAGGGAGGAGGAAGGAUGAAGGAGGGAGGAGGAAGGAGGAAAAGUAAGACGAGAGGAAACGAGGGAGGAGGAGAAUGGAGAACGACGAAAAUGAGAAGAUAGAAGAAGAAACAUUCAGCUGAUGAUGUGCCACGUGGCACGCGACGGGAGGAGAAGGGACGUGGGAAGGGGAGGAGUAAGGAGGGAGGGAGGACUAGGGUAUGGAAAGGGAGGAGGGGGAAUGAGAAGGACGAGAAGAAGAAGAAAAUCUGUGCCACGUGGCACGCGACAGUAGGAGAGGAGGGAGGGAAGACCGGGGGAGAAGAGGAAGGACGGGGGGGGAAGAGGAGGGAGGAAGAACGGGAGGAGAAGAGGAGGGAGGAGGAUGAAGAGGACGCGCGGUUUUGCACAUUGCGCGUGACGGGGGGAGAGAGGAGGAAGGGGGAGCAUGUUGGAGGGAGGGGGAGGAAGCUGGAGGGAGGAGGAAGGCGGAGGGAGGUGGACCAUUGGAGAUGAGGAAGAAGGAAGACGAGGGAGGAUGAUGACGAGGACGCGAACAAGAUGGAAGGGAAAUAAUCGCGUGGUGCCCUAAGUGGCACGCGACGGGCGGUAGAGGAGGAAGGAGCGAAGAGGAGGGAAAGGGAAGGGGGAGGACGAUGAAGAGGACAGUAAGAAAGGAAAACGCGUGCGGGUUUGCCACGUGGCAGGCGGUAGGGAAGGAGAGGAUAAAGGAAGUCGGAGAAGACGAGGAGGGUGGAGGAAGGAGAACGGGAAAGACGAGGAGGAAGGAGGGGGAAAGGAGUGGAGGAAAGAGGAGUGAGGAGGAUAUGACGAGACCGUGAACAAGAUGAGAAAUCUUGUGCCGCGGUGGCACGUGGCACUUAUGAAGAGGAGUGAGGAGGAUGAAGGACGGGGGAACGAAGAGAGAAAGGGUAGCCGCAAUUUGGUUAAUGGGGGCCCCCACUUUUAGGUCCUCGCCAAUGGGUUCAAAUGGAAAUGAGGGUUUGGGGUUCAAAAUUUUUGAUUUAUUAAUUGUUGUUAUUGCUUGUUUUAGUUCUUAGUUAAGAUUGCGGUGUCCCAAAUAUCUAUUGGACUGUUAAGAAUUC